CCCGCCUGCGGGGCCGAGAGAAACUUCCCCGGAAAAAGUCAGACGCGAAGGAGCGCGGCCGCCCAGCCCAACGUCCAGAGCCCAGCCCUCCAGAGCCAGAGCCCCAGACCCCCGAAGGGUCCCAGGCAGGAGCAGAGGGGCCCCCCAGCCCUGAGGCAUCGCGGAGCCCAGCACGGGGAGCCUACCUGCAAAGCCUGGAACCCAGCAGCCGCAGAUGGGUGCUGGGGGGGGCUAAGCCACCUGAGGAAGCCUCUUCGGGGCCUGGGGCACCUGGCAGCGGGGAGCCCGCCGGAGAGAUCUGGUACAAUCCCAUCCCUGAGGAGGACCCCAGACCCCCAGAGCCUAAGCCCCCAGGGUCACAUCUGGCCUCGGUGGAGCCUGAGGGCCUGGCCCCCCAAGGUGCAGUCCCUGCCAGCCCCCCCACCAAAGCCUCCCGCACCAAGUCCCCGGGCCCGGCCAGGCGCCUCUCUAUGAAGAUGAAGAAGCUCCCGGAGCUGAGGCGCCGCCUGAGCCUGCGAGGCCCCCGGGCUGGCCGGGAGCGUGACAGGGCUGCUCCUGCAGGCUCUGUCAUCAGCCGCUACCACCUGGACAGCAGCGUGGGUAGCCCCGGGCGGGCUGCAGUGGCCGGGGGCACCCGGAGCCCAAGGGCUGGUUACCUCAGCGAUGGGGACUCACCGGAGCGCCCUGAGGGGCCCCCGUCACCCACCGCCUUCCGGCCUUAUGAGGUGGGCCCUGCAACACGGGCGCCCCCAGCCGCCCUCUGGGGCCGCCUCAGCCUGCACCUGUAUGGCCUGGGGGGGCUACGGCCAGCGCCAGGGGCCACCCCGAGAGACCUCUGCUGCCUGCUGCAAGUGGAUGGAGUGGCCCGGGCCCGGACAGGGCCGCUGCGAGGGGAAUCGGACUUCCUGCGGCUGGACCAUACCUUCCACCUGGAGCUGGAGGCCGCCCGGCUGCUGCGGGCUUUAGUGCUGGCAUGGGACCCUGGCGUGCGGCGCCACCGGCCCUGUGCCCAGGGCACGGUGCUGCUGCCCACAGUCUUCCGAGGAUGUCAGGCCCAGCAGCUGGCCGUGCGCCUCGAGCCCCAGGGUCUGCUGUAUGCGAAGCUGACCUUGUCGGAGCAGCAGGAAGCACCUGCUGCCGCUGAGCCCCGAGUCUUUGGGCUGCCCCUGCCGCUGCUGGUAGAGCGGGAGCAGCCCCCGGGCCAGGUGCCCCUCAUCAUCCAGAAGUGCGUUGGGCAGAUCGAACGCCGAGGGCUCCGGGUAGUGGGGCUAUACCGUCUGUGCGGCUCAGCAGCUGUGAAGAAAGAGCUUCGGGAUGCCUUCGAGCGGGACAGCGCAGCUGUCUGCCUCUCUGAGGACCUGUACCCUGAUAUCAAUGUCAUCACUGGCAUCCUCAAGGACUAUCUUCGAGAGCUGCCCACACCACUCAUCACCCAGCCUCUCUAUCAGGUGGUGCUGGAGGCCAUGGCCCGAGGGCCCCCAAGCAGAGCACCCCCUACCCCUGAGGGCACCCGAGGGCUCCUCAGCUGCCUGCCAGAUGUGGAAAGGGCCACACUAACGCUUCUCCUGGACCACCUGCGCCUCGUCUCCUCCUACCAUGCCCACAACCGCAUGACCCCACAGAACCUGGCCGUAUGCUUCGGGCCUGUGCUGUUGCCGGCACGCCAGGCGCCCGCAUGGCCCCGCAUCCGCAGCUCUGGCCCAGGCCUCGCCAACGCAGUGGACUUCAAGCGCCACAUCGAGGUGCUGCACUACCUGCUGCAGUCUUGGCCAGACCCUCACUUGCCCCCAGAAGCUCCAGACGUCGCACCAUACUUGCGACCCAAACGACAGCCACCGCUGCACCUGCCGCUAGCAAGCCCUGAAGUGGUAACUCGGCCUCGUGGCCAGGGAGGCCCUGAGAGCCCCCCAACCAACCGCUACGCUGGCGACUGGAGCGUUUGCGGGCGGGACUUCCUGCCCUGUGGGCGGGACUUCCUGUCUGGCCCCGACUACGACCACGUGACAGGCAGCGACAGCGAGGACGACGAUGAAGUGGGCGAGUCUAGAGGUGUUGCAGACUUCGAAGACGAGUUCGAUGCGCCCUUCAACCCGCACCUGAAUCUCAAAGACUUUGACGCCCUCAUCCUGGACCUGGAGAGAGAGCUCUCCAAGCAGAUCAACGUGUGCCUCUGA